AUGGCCCGCCGUGUCAGGCCUAACUGCACUCACGUCGACAUGGAUCGCCUCUAUACGCGAGAGGAGUAUUGUCAAGUUUGCGGUCGCCUCCCGUCGAUUGGAUUCCUGUAUGUCUGUCGUCAAGAUCAAAAGUACAGCUAUGUCCCCGUUGGCCAGGACGAUGGAGAAGCACGAACCGUUACUGGCGCAGUGGAUACUCAAUCAUCCCUCCGCGACGAAUUGAAGGCUAUAGGAUUGAACGAUUCAAUCAUCGGUAAUGCGGAGCGUGGCGAGUAUACCCCUGCGCAACUUGAACUUCUGAAGGCGCAAAAAAGGGACCUGAACCAGGUCAUUGCGGAUACCGUCCAGCGUAGUCAAAUCUUUACAGUUCAAGCCAAGCUUGCAGCAGCACUAGACAGGACUCUUUCAGAUACAGAUGGUUCUUAUGAAAGCAAGCCUGAGAAAGACAUGACUCUCCCUGCUUGCACCUUCCAGGCUUGCCAUAACUGCCGCCCAUACUACAAAGACCGCAUUUAUUCGUCCUUCGAAAACGUAGUGUCGGAUACCAUGCCAGCUGUUACCCCUCUGGAAUCAAUAUGUCUGCCGACCAAAUCUGCGCAGACUAUGCGCUCCAUCGGACUUCGUCCUGCUUCCGUCUCCCCCCGGAGCCACGAUCUCAGUUCGUCAGGAUUUGGAGGAAAUACGGAUUGCACAAGCGACGACUCUUCCUUCCAAGAACGUCAGCCAAACCCAUCCCGCCAUAGCGUUCUUACCUUCAAGACUACACAAUCUGACAUGGAUGACCUUUCUGCAAUUCGCAGGCCACGUCGCCGAUUCUACAACCUUGGUGGUCGCUCCUCAAAUUCAAUCGCUCGUGACUUGGAAGACCAGCCAUUCUUUACUCGCCAUGGUCUGAAGGCAGCGAUCCAGUGGAUAUUCCGUCCAGGCAAAGGCUCCACUGCCAACAACGGGUCGAACAUCACGUUGCCGCUGCGGAGAACUGGGACGGCUCGUGAUCUCACCGUGGGCAAGAAUGGAGAGCGUGUCGGUGAGUUCGACAUGGGUUCCUUGCGCAGAGUGAGAAGGCAGAAAGAACGAGCUGAGCUGUCACGGGGCUAUACAGGCGGAUUCGAGGGUGUCACAAUUUCCCCACCCAGCUCAUCGGGAGACAACCAGCCGUACGAAGAGAGUGAGGCCUCCGACUACACAGUCUACUCUUGCGCCAGCGAGGGCAGUGAGGUAGAAGUCAGGAAUGGCGUGGCUCUGACCGAGGAAGCGGUCGAGACACAUACUCCAGACAUAUUGACUGUGCCGGUCAUUGCUGGGAAGGAUGGAGGGGCUGCGCAGGUCAGCAUUCAGCCAGUCGGGGAUGAUGAAUGUGAUCUUGCAUCCCCACUAGACAGCAUCAUGGCUCAAGUCUGA